CGGGGUUGCCAGGUACAGACACGUAACUGGCAACCCGAGUCAGUGAGCGAGCGCGUGCAUGCGGUAUCGUGCUGGAGCAGCAGUCUGACUCCCCGCAGGGAUCCCCAGGGUUACACACACACACACACACACACACACACUGCUGUUCAGAUGGCUUACAGAAAGGAGUAACUUGGUGCUUCAAACACUCUGUGAUCAUCCUGCAAAGUGUCCCGGGGCCACUAAACUACGACACAAUGGAGCAAGAAUUUGAAGACAUCGACUCGUCCGGGAGAUGGCAAAACCUUUACAACGAGAUCCGCAACCAAGCCAGUGAAUAUCCUUACAGAGUGGCAAAACUUCCAGUGAAUCGGAAUUUGAACCGCUACAGAGAUGUCAGCCCAUAUGAUCACAGUCGGGUAAAACUUGAAAACUCUGAAAAUGACUACAUCAAUGCAAGUUUAGUCAUGGUGGAAGAAGCCCAAAGAGCUUACAUUCUUUCUCAGGGGCCUUUGAGGAAUACCUGUGGUCAUUUCUGGCUGAUGAUUUGGGAGCAGUGUUCCAAAGCUGUUAUCAUGCUCAACAGAGUCAUUGAAAAGGGAUCUGAAAAGUGUGCACAGUACUGGCCCACCACAGAGGAGCUACAGAUGUCUUUCACAGACACAGGGUUUGUUGUCAGACUACUUUCUGAGGAGGACCAAUCCUAUUACACAAUCCGAGUCCUCGAACUGCAAAACACCAUGACGGGGGAGUCGAGGGAUAUCUACCACUUUCACUACACCACGUGGCCUGACUUCGGUGUCCCAGAAUCUCCUGCCUCCUUCCUCAACUUCCUCUUCAAGGUUCGGGAGUCCGGCUCGUUGGGCCCGGAGCAUGGGCCCUCUGUGGUGCACUGCAGCGCUGGGAUUGGACGCUCGGGGACGUUCGCCUUGGUGGACACCUGCCUGGUCCUGAUGGACAGGAGGAAGAACCCCUCGUCAGUGGACGUACAGAAGGUGCUAUUGGACAUGAGGGAAUACCGCAUGGGCCUGAUCCAGACCCCCGACCAGCUCCGCUUCUCUUACAUGGCUGUCAUCGAGGGAGCCAAGCUCAUCCUGACAGACAACUCAGCAGCACAGCAGAUCAAGCAGAGAGUGAUAUCCAAAGAAGAGAAGGAGCCAGAUCUGCCCCCUCCGCCACCUCCACCAAGACCUCACCUCAACGACAGCAAGCCCAACGGUCAGCCAGGACCGUGCCUGGAGCCAGAGGACGCCUCAGGAGACCACGCACCAGAAGAAGAGCCAGAGAGCCAAGACCACAACAUGGAAGAGAACUCUGGGCACGUCAGAAAGCGACACCGUGAGGAGAGGAUUGCCAGCACCUCACAGAAGGUCCAGCAGAUGAAACAGAGACUGACUGACUCUGAGAGGAAACGAGAGAAGUGGCUGUACUGGAGACCCAUUCUGCUUAACGUCGGUGCUGGGGCAGCUUUGGCCGCCGGCCUGCUGGUGUACUGGAUGUACUCCUAGUGAAACACUCUGGGUCACUUAAAACUGACUCCUAUUUUGCACCAGUACCUGGGAUUAGGUACUUCUCUAAGUAGAUUUAGAUGGUAAUAUGUGCAUAACUGAGGGUAUUUAUUUCUUAAGGUCAAAAUGCGGGAGCGCUAGAUCAAAUGAUUGUGUGUAUAUUUUUCAUGUAAGAUCUUAACAAAAAUAGUAACAUCUCAGGAUCUUGGUGCCAGCACGAUGAUUUAAUUUCCUUUCCUUCUUGUCACUGUUGAUGAAUGUACUGUAUCAUAGCAAAUUGCUUUGAAAGAAACUAACUAAAGGUGCAGUACAAAGCAAAAAAAAAAAAGAAAAUGAAAAAAAAAAUUAAAUCUGACAGGUUGUUUUUGCAUUCUUUAUUUGUAAUGGUCAGAUGUGUGUUGCUCAUCUGUGGACACGUUUUUACAUUUCAAGAAUGACUUGUGUUGACUGUCCAUCCUACCAUAAAUAACGUAGGUAGACUCCAGAGGCGAGAGGUCAGCUGUGGCAACGUCUUUUGUUCGUUUUUCUGUAAAGAAAUUUGGAUUUCAUGCAUGUAUUUAGAGGUUUUCCAGAGCACCACUUGUUCUUCCAUUCACAUUUAGCAGGGCAUCCCAGUACGGCCAGAUAUAUAUUUUUGUGUGACUGGACACUUCAUGGGGCGCUGCCUUGCUGAUGUUUGCAGACUAACACGUCUGCGAGAAUGUUAACCUUUUGAUUUUCUCUUAUAUGAGCAUGUUUUGUUUGUUUUUUUGUUUCAUAGAUUUUGGUUGUCACAUGGAUCACACAAGCUGUCGGGUCCCUCACCGUUUAGUGUGUGUAUUUACCCACUGGAUGGGUUCAUGUGUGUAUUUUUAGGUUAUCCCACUGUUUUUUUUUUUUUGUUUUUUUUUUUGUUUUUGAGGAAACCAAAGCAAAGCUGUCCAUUUUUUUUUUUUUUUUGGAAAGUAACGAUGAAAAUCUUGUACUCCCAUUAUGUGGAAUGUAUUUUCUGUUGGAUUUCUGACAUAACUGACACCUGCAUUACAAAGUGACAGUCAUAGUAGCUUGCCGUUGCGUGUGACCUCUUAAUUUGAAUCCAUGGUAUCACCAAACUGGUUUUCAAUUGACUGGGACCAAUCUAAAGCUAUAACAGUGCAAUUUAUAAGCUGGAGCAAGAGAACCUUUUGGAUCCGAGUCCAGUUAGAAGAGAGUGAUAGCAUACACGUCUUUACCUGUUUGUUUAAUGGUUGAGAUAGCUUUUAAUGUGCCUUGAAGUGAAUUAAAUGGGGGAAGGAAAGAAAAAGUGUGCUCCAAGGUUUCUUAGCAUGAUCAGGACAGACAAAAGUUUAUGUGAGCUGUUUCCCACAUAACGCGAGUAGCAUGUUAGCACUGCAAUGCCUGGUUUGUAGUAACCGGAGGUGUGACACAGUGAAGUGUAUCGAGAGUUGAUUGUACGCCAAACACCGUUAGAGCGUGCUGACUGAAUAAUGUGUUGCUGAUUGGCUAGUUACCACUGUUGGACAUGGCUUUUACACAGUUCUCAUUUAACCCAGAAGAAAUACAUUUGACCAUAACAUUCCAUUCAUUCUUGUUUUCCACAUAAGAAUUUCAGGGGAGUUUUGUACACUGCUGAGUUGCAGUGAGAAUAUGACCGAUGGUGUUUUGAAAAAAAAAAAAAAAGCAAACAAAACACAAAAUACUUCUGAAAAUAAAACAUUCAUCUUUUUUUACUAA